UAAUCAAGCUGUUUUUAUUUACUUUGUUAGUCUAUCAUAUUUAUGUUAAUCGAUCAUACUUAUGUUUUUUUCUACAUCUCUUACAACAUCAUUUGCAAAAAACAUGCAAACUAGCCAGCGACGUCAUCUAUGGCCUUCCAGGACAGCCAAUAGAUACAGUCAAACCUGUCUUAGCGGCCACCUGUAUAUAACGGCCACCUGCUUAUAGCGGCCGCUGAAAAAUCCCCCGCAGGAAAUUUGCGUGUUAUAGACCCUGUGUACAGCGGUCACCUGUCUACCGCGGCCACCGGCCACCCAUUUUGUAUCCCUUGGUCAAUAGCUGACGGCAUAUAGCGGCCAAAAUGCUGACUCAAGCAGAAGCUUCAUGCACGAAAAAGUUUAGUUUUUUUAAGCAUUUAAGCUGUCGUGUGUAGACUUUAAUUACUGAGUACUAACUCAGUCACAAUCAUUCACAAGAUCCACACAAACUGUCACUUGUUCCACAUAAAAAAAAGCUGUCUUCUUUUGAGCUUGUUGCAGACAGUGACACCGUUUAUUUCCUGGUGUGAGACAAUGUGUCACAGUUUGCACUCUGUCUGUGCCCUCUGCACUUCCCUGUCUUCUCCUGGGUGUGUCCUCUGUUGCAGGAGCCCUGUCACCGGCGGGAAGCGGGACUACUGGGCGCACCUGCCCCUGAUGAUCUCCGGCCUCAUUUAAGAUGAGGGAUUGCACCUGGGAGAUGCUGGAUUAUUCUCUAUGGUUUGUGUCACACCUACGGCCUGGUUCACUUUGACUUUUCUUCCAUUACACCCUUGUUGCAGUAAGUGGAACUCUCCUGAGGACCAAUCUGUUCCCGGCGUCUCCCAGAGUGUGCGCCCAGUGCUCUCGGCUCUCCAGCAAGAAACCCCAGGCCUCCUCCAAUAUGGACGCCCUCACUAUGAGGACUUUGUGAUCCUGUGGUCCAGUCGAAGACGUACUUCCGGCGGGGGAAGAGAAAUCACUUGGGAGACCACCCCCCACCAUCUUUCUCUGUGUCUGCUAACAAGAAGACUUCAUCUGUCCAUCAUGUCUCUGAAUGAGCGGGCCACACGGGCCUUGAGGGAGAUCCUGCAGAGACCAGGAAACGACACCUGUGCUGACUGUGGCGCGCCAGAUCCAGACUGGGGCUCCACCUCGUUGGGCGUCUUCAUCUGUCUGGCCUGUUCCGGAAUCCACCGCAACAUCCCGGAGGUCAGCAAGGUGAAGUCGCUGUGUUUGUCCCACUGGGAAGACCACGAGGUGCAGUUCAUGGCAGAGAAUGGCAACGAGGUGAUGAAGAGCAAAUACGAGGCCGCUGUCCCCGUCUACUACUACAAACCUUCACAUAAAGACUGCCAGGUGUUAAAAGAGCAGUGGAUACGAGCAAAGUAUGAGCGGAAGGAAUUUACCGAUCCUGCGAAGAAGUGUACGUACGAGGAAGGGACUCGAGACGGUGCCUUGAUGAAGAGGGGAAGGGACAAUGGGCAGUUCCUCAGCAGGCGAUUUGUCCUGUCGGAGAGGGAGGGGACGCUGAAGUAUUUCACCAAAUAUGACGCCAAGGAACCCAAAGCGGUGAUCAAGGUAGACUCCAUCAACGCCACCUUCCAGCCCGAGAAGAUCGGACACCCCAACGGUCUGCAGAUCACGUACCUCAAAGACUACAGCACCCGUAACAUCUUCCUCUACCACGACAACGGCAAGGAGAUCGUGGACUGGUUCAACUCCAUCCGAGCGGUUCAGCUUCACUACAUGAAGGUGGCCUUCCCUGGAGCCACCGACGCGGAGCUUGUACCCAAACUCACACGCAACUUCCUGAAGGAGGGAUACAUGGAGAAGACCGGGCCCAGGCAAACAGAAGGUUUUAAGAAGCGUUGGUUUACUUUGGACCAGAGACGACUCAUGUACUACAAAGACCCUCUGGAUGCCUUCGCCAAAGGCGAGGUGUUUCUGGGCAGCAAAGACAACUACAGCGCCUCGGCCGGCCUUCCCGCCGGCACCUACUGCAACGGCGCCUGGCAGCACGGCAUCACCAUCGUGACGCCCGAGCGCUGCUUCCUGUUCACGUGCGAGACGGAGGCCGAGCAGCAGGACUGGCUCAAGUACUUCAACGACGUCAUAAGCGCUCAGAUGUCCCCCCAAGAGUACACCAUGGAGGCUUUGUUCAAGCACAGACACUGACUGACCAGAGGAGGCGCCCCACCCCUCGCCGUCUCAUCUCAGUCACCAAACAAGACCUCAGUGCAAAGUAUUCAAAAACAAGGACUUUAAAGUAAGAGUGCCGACAAGAGGGCCAUUUCAGUGAGGGCUUAUAUGACACAGACUUUGAUUCUUAUUAAUUUUAUUGACAUUUUUAAUUCCGUUGUGUCUCUGUAGAGUUAAUUAACGUGGACUUUUAAUUGGCCAGAGCAAACAUAAAGAGGGAGAAACAUUUGUCUUGUAUUCGGAGUUGGCAAGCAUUGCAGCACAUUCAACGGUGCAGCAGCGCCCUCCAGUGGCUCACUUCAGCCACGACCACGUCUCGCCCAAUGUCCUCAAACUAUGAAAUGUUUUAUUUCAUCCAUCCAUCAAUUUUCUAUGCCGCUUAUCCUCAUUAGGGUAGCGGGGCAUGCUGGAGCCUAUCCCAGCUGACUUUGGGCGACAGGCGGUGUACACCCUGGACUGGUGGCCAGCCAAUGGCAGGGCACAUAUACUAGACAAACAACCAUUCACACUCACAUUCAUAGAGUUGCCAAUUAUGUUUUAUUUCACUUAUUUUUCUUUUUUAUUGUUUCCACAGUUGUGUUAAUGUUUUCUAGGGAGACAUUCCUCUGUGCCGCCAUCCUAAGGUGACACUCCCAAACUAGUAAUCAAGUAGUUUGAUGUCUAUCUUACUGUUCUGUUUCAAUUAUGACAAAGUAAAAGUAAAAAUUGAAUAAUAAAAUGUUUGUGGGGGUUUA